AUGAAAUCCAUCUUCAUUAUUGCUGCCUUACUCAUUGCUGCUCUUGCUAGCGUCAAUGCUCAAUACAUGAGAACCACCUUGUACAAGGAUUCAACAUGUACUGCUUCUCCAGCUUACUUGGAUAUGUAUGUUAAAACUGACAAUUGCGCCAGCUCGAUUGUUCCAGUGACUUGUGUCAAUUCCACAUCUGUUUACACCUCUCUUGCAUGUGCUUCUGCUGUCCCAGUUGGUGGUAAGAACACUUUGCAAGUCAACAUUUAUGCUGAUAACACCUGUGGAGCCAUCUCCAUCUCACAAAUCUUGCCAAUUGACACAUGUAUUUCAUCUACUGAUGGUUCAAGCAUGAAGAGUACUGGAUGUAAGACUAUGACUCUCUACUCUGAUGCUGACUGUAAGACUGUUAAGAACACUGUUGAUUAUGCUGCUUUCAAUGGUGUCUGUAAUUUGGGUACCAAGUACUUGUGUAACAAUGCUCAAAAGAUUGGUCUUACCACUGUUGUAAUGAUGGUUGCUGCUUUGCUUUCCAUUGUUUUUUAA